AUACUAGAAUUAUUGUACAACAUAUAAUUCCCCUGUCCCCCCUUAUAAUUACUCUGGUUCCGCGCCUGGUUAGGUAUAAAAUAAUUAAAAAUCAAUACAAAUCACAAAUUAUAUUAUAUUAUAUUUACAAACGUAUCAUAUAGCCAUAUAGGUACUUAAUUUACAACUUAAUUUUUCUAGAAUUUUUUGAAGCAAAAUCUUCUAUUAUGUCUUCAAAAUCGAUGUUUUUCGUUAUUUCAUUCUCAAUUGACAAUAUUGCUGAAUUGGUUAAUCUUUCUUGUGACAUCAUUGAUCGUAAAUACAUCUUAAUUAAUUUUAAUUUACUAAAAGAGCGUUCCCCGGAAGCGACGGUAACAGGCAUGGUAAGAAACAAUCUAUAUAUGCAGUCAUUAAGUUUGGACAAGUUGAAUCAAGUUCAUAUUUUUAAUUGCAUUUAAGAUAGUUGCGUUUAAUUCUGGUAGAAUUUCUUUUGCUUGAUAUUUAAAAAAAUCGAUUUCGUUAAUUAUUUCCUGGUUAAUAAUAUGUCUUCGUUGUAUUUGAUUGCUAAAUCAGCUGCACAUUUUUUCAAUGUUUCAACUGGUGUUACAGAUAGUGAAUGACCAGAAAGGAAUUGAAAAUCAUCAGCAAUAUUUGAUAAUUGUUUAAACCUCCAUUUAAUUUGAGCCAUAAUAUUAUCAUGAACUUUGUAGUAUUCCAAUGUUAAAAAUUGAUCUACAGAAAUAUCUUCACCCGAUGAUUUUUCUCAGCUCAUAACGUUCCUUUUAAUUUUUAAUUCAGAUUUUAUUCCAACUUUAUCACAAAUACUAAUAGCUUCAGUUUUAAUUUGUUCAUUUCCACUUUCACGCAUUUCUUGAAGAGAAACAUUUAAUGAAUUUAUCAUUUUUGAAGCCUGAUCUAUUGAAAUAUUUGAGCUUUGUAAUAUUUUAUUUGUAUACGAUAUAUUUGAUUCAAUAUUUAAAAUAUUAUAUUGCCCGGGGCGCAUGCUCCCUAGCCCCCCCCCCCCACGGCACGGUUCUGGAAAUAUCUACACUUUCUAUGACUUGGGAAAAUGUGAUGUCAUUCAUUGUAGGUAUCAAGGGAAACUUUCCUUUGCUAAUUCGUAAAAGUAUUUUACUAAAGGUCCUGCCGUGUCAUCAUCGCACCUACAUCUGUAUUAUAAUAGAACUCUCAUAUUUGUUCGAAAUUAUCGGAAUAAUGGUCGACAAGAAACUAUAAGAAGUGAACUAAUGUGAAAUCAGUAAAAAUGACUUAAAAAGUAAAUAAACACCAAAAAAUGCAAAAAAAAUACAAAAUAAAAAUUAUUUGUUCAGAUUCACAUGUUAAUAAAACAAAUUUAUGGCCAGGAGUGAAUCGUUCCAAAAAAAUGCAACAUGCAUCAACUUCCGAGCCCUAUAUUCAUUAGUAUACAUAGUACCUAUAUUAGCUAUAUAAUAUUUAAAUCUAUAAAUUGAAUCUGUUAUUAAUUAAAACAAAAAACAAAUGGUCAAGUUAGGUAAAAGUCAAGCUCCUUCAAUUUUACUUGAACCCCCCCCCCCCAUAAAUUUUCUGAGCACGCCCCUGGGCGGCCGUCUAUAAAGCUUUUUUAUAUACCACAAUACAUUGUGAUUCUUUCUUGAAUUUUUUAGAUUGUAGCAUUUCAGAAAUAACUACAAAUAUUGUUUAUUUUUGUAAUAUAUUAUUACUAUGUUUGAAUACAAAAAAAAAUGUCAUCACUUUUAACGUCGUUAUAGUAGUAUGAUUAAAAUUAAAAUUUACAAACAAAUAUAAAAUAUUUUUUUUUUUUUUGCUUCUUAAGUAUAUGUUCAUAAGGUAAUAUAGGUAUUACAUAAUAGAUUUUAGCGAUAGGUAUACCAUGCAGUUCGUGCAGUGUAACGCAGUACCUACCUAACAUAAUAUCAUAAAUAUAAAUUAUUAUUAUACUAUUUUAGCAACCUUGAAAUGGGUGAAUUUUGAAAGACAGAUAUCAACUUGGCUUUCGUGUUAUUUGGGAAUACAUUUAAAUAUAUGAUUUGUAAAUUAUAUCAUCAAGGAUCAGCAUGUUGUAAGCAAUUGUCUAAGUAUAUUGUUUAUGUAUACAAAUAUACAAUUAUACAACAUUUAAUAUAAUGUCGAUCGGUUAUAUUGUGAUGUAUUCCUAAAUAUACAUCACGCAAUGUACGAGCAGUGAGCACGAUUGACCAUGAACUAUUUAAUUUUUUAAUAACAGAACGAUGUUGACGCUACCAUUUUAAAAUUAUACUCAAAAAUAAGUAAUAUAUACUUUAAUAAUUCAAGAUUAUUCGGUAUAAUAUGCAACAAUGACAUUUUUUGUUUAAAACUUAAAAAUAUAAAUUCCUAUGCUAUAUAUUAGUAAGUAGGUAUAAUAGUGAAAUAUCAAAAUAAAAAUACAUAAGACAUAAUAAUAUAAUAUACCUACUAACUAGAUUAGUGAUUACCUAUCUACUGACUAUUACCUACCUACAUUCUAUUGUGUAUAUGGAUUCUCCGCGCGCUUUUAACAUAAUAUGUAUAUAAUAUAAAACGGGAUAGUCGAAUUGCACUUAUUAGUUUAUUACCUACAAAGAAAUGGUCGAAUUGCACUUGGAUUGAAAAAAGGUAAUGGUCGAACUGCACUCGGGUAAACAUCGGGUAUCUAGUGGUUGAACUUGAACUGCACUCGUUCAAAAAAGAGUUAAAAUGGAAAAAACGUGAGAACUUAUUACGAGUCGAAUGUGUAUAAUGUAUAUAGUGAAAACCCUUUAAAAAUAUUAUGAACGCUACGGGCUAUCUAGUACCAUUAGUUAUUAGUUCAUUAAUGCCAUUUAGAUAACGCAGAUAAUUAUUGUCGCCAAGAAUCUAACUGGAUAAUAAAUUAAUAAAUAGUUAUCAAUAAAAAUAUAAGAUUAAUACUUAUAUUUUAUUAUAUCGUCUAAUACUAUUUAGAACUAUAAUUUACAAUAAUUAGUAAUAACUACACACUUUUGCAUCGACGUUUAAAUAUGAACAAUUUAAAAAUUAUUAUAAGUAAAUGACUUAAUUGUGUAUCAAAGUUAUACAUUUUAUAUAAAAAAAAAAAAAUGUAAAUGAUAAUAUAGGUAGUGGCCGUUGUACCCAUCGUGGUUGUCUUUCAAAACUAUAUCUAGAUGAAUGUUCUGCAGUUAUUUUUCGGUAUGUAAGAGGACAUCUCGCCCGCAUAUCUGUAUUGUCUCCGUCUCGUUGGCUUUUUAUGAUAUUUUAAUUUUUAAGUGAAUUAUGAGCAUUUUCAAAUAUUUAAUAAUUUCAUACUCAUAACUCAUUUAAAAAUUAAAAUAUCGUAAUGAGCCAACGAGAGAACACAGAUAAUGUUGUUACCUAAAAAUUUGUUAAUAGGUCAAUUCACUCUAAUAUUAAAACUAAAAGCACACUAUUGAAACUGGUGAACGAAAAUAUACUAUGUUGUACGUGUGUAAGGCAGGGAUAACACAUGCGACAUGCAGGUGAGACGUCAUUUUAAUACAUAACCAUGAAGAACCACUUAAUUUACAUUGGAAAAUCAUUUACCCCUUCAAAUGCAUGGUAAUUUUAUUGAAAUACUUUUUUUGAGCCGAAGUGCAGUUCGACCACUACCUGUUUUUUACCCGAGUGCAGUUCGACCGUUAUCUUUUUCAAACCCAUAUGCAAUUCGACCAUUUUUUUGUAGGUAAUAAGUGCAAUUCGACUAUCCGGGAUAGUGCUCGAAUUGGGAAUGACGGAGCUCCGCUUCAAAAUUUUUUUUAUUUUAGCGUACCCCUUCUUGUAUUUUUAAUUUGCACGGGAGGGACGGCACGUCCUCCAUAUAAAUAAUUAUUGAAAGACUUGUAAAACGUUUAUAUACUAUAUAAUAUAAAGUAUGUAUUAUCAAUUUGAACUAAAUAUGUAAUAAAUUGUAAAUUUCAUUAAUGAUAAAAAUCAAAAGAUAUAAGAUAAUUUUUAUAAUAAAGGGUUACAGCUGCUAAUAAUAUAUACUUAUAUUAUAUUUAUAUACCUAACCUAUAUACUUGAGCCUUAUGCUGUAUCAUGGAUACAGAAGAACAAACGAUGUGCUGAUGAAGUUAACUGCCCUAAGCGACAAAAUGACAAAGAGAGCCAUUCAUAUUAGGUAGAGUUAUGGAAUAUAUUAAAAAUUUAAAUAACUAUAGUUUGUAUUUCAAAAUAAAAUAAAAUAUUUGUUUUUAAUUAAUAAUAAUUAUUUAUUGUUGUUAUGUAAAUUUUGUAUAGUUGUAAUGUUUUAUUGAUUAUUGUCGAUAAUACUAUGUGGGGGGCUUUGCCCCCCCCCCACGAGUUUGGUUAGUUUCAAUCAUUGAAUGGAACGCUAAUUUUUUUUACGUCUGAGAGUCCCCUUUCUUUUAAAUUUCCAAUUUGAGUACUGGAGUGUUUUAUAUUACUUAGGUAUAUGUUAAAAGCGCGCGGAAAACCCGAAUAUCUACACAAUAGAUAAAUACUUUCUUUUGCGUAGUUCUACACUUGAAAAUAUACCUCUCCCCUGCAAAAAUUUUUCUAUAGAAAAAUGUUUUUAUGAGUGCACAAUUUAUUAGCAUUUAUAUACCUACCUAAAUAAAAUACAACUAUAUUAGCAUUACAUUUACUACUAGUUGUCCUCGUGCACUUAGUUGCCCGUAAAAAUUGUCUCCUCUUUGAAAGGACUUAUUAAAACUUAUUUUACCAUUAUUAACUGACAUCAUUGUUGGCCCCAGAUGACCCAUCGCAUCGCGCAACGCCCAUCCGUGCCAUUGCUUCGUUUACGCUUAGCAUUCUUUCUGGCUUUUUAAUUUUGCCUGGCUCCUGAGGGGCGUAGCGUAUAAUGUUAAAAAUAGCCCAUACAUUUUGUCAAGUAUUAUGCUAUCAAAUUCCAAAAGAUUUUUUCAAAUCCGACUAGUAAUUUAAGCGUUUUAGCGUGUUCAAAUAAAAAUAUAAACGAACUUUUCAGCUUUAUUAUAUUGUAUUUUAUUUUUUUUUAUUCUUCAAGAAGAUAACGGGACCCACUGAAUAUAUGUUAGGUAUAAAUAUUAACCAACAGUUGUAAAAUCAUUUAGAAGUAAUACAAUUAUUAUCAACUUGGUAUUUCAAUGACUGUUAAAUCUAAAAUCAUAGGUAUUAAAUUGUUUUUAAUUAUAGUAAUCAUAAAUUUAAAACUUGCUGGACGAGAAUUAAAAUUGAAAAUAUUUACGUUCAAAUUAGUAUUAUAACAUGCUCACUGAUCCAGACUCGAUCGCUAACGUUUUUAAAUUUAAAUUUUUAGUAUAUAAUUUAAAUUACGAAUUUAUAUAGGUACAAGUUACCUAUUGUGAGCGAAAUCAAUUGAUAUAUAAAAUGUUUAUUUAAGACAUUUUGAAAUCACGUCGAAGUAGGUAGUAAUAAGAAAUUAAGAAAUAUUCGCCCCCCUCCUUCCCCCCCCGUCAAUUUUAAAAUUUAAAUACCACAAAUAUAUCAACAUUUAUUUUAAAUUAUAGUAUACAAUAGUUGUUAGCAAUUUCGAGAUUCAUUACGGCUGUAAAUUGUUGUAAAAUUUGCUCAGGAUCAAUUUUUAUAUCUUUUUCAAUAGUUAGUAUGAAUAAAUUACUGAAACGAUCUUGGUCUAUUGUAGAUCUCAAGUAGUAUUUAUUCGCCUCAUAACAGAAAAGGCACGCUCAAAUGCUUCAGAGGAAAUUGUCAAUAUAUUGGCAACUUGAACCAUCUUAUACAUGCAAGUUUGGAAAAAUUGUUUUGGAUACAUUUUCCAGUAUGAGAUAAAAAUGUAGCUGAACGAUGUCAAAAAUAUUUUUUAUUAGAUACAUUGAUUUAAACGAAAUAAUUAUUUUAUAUUGAAUUCAAAAAUGUAAAAAAUAUUUUUAGUUUUUUUUUUUUGGGGAGGGGGGCUAUUACAAGAUUGAGGGGAGGGGGUGCUAAGCCUUCAAAGCCCCCCUAGUUGCGCUUAUGUCAUACGUACAUAUAGGUUACCUAUUACGGUCUGUUUUGUUUUAUACACGCGCAUGCAUUUAUACAUUUAUUGAAUAAAGCAUAGUAUUGUAUAGUUACCUAUGUUGCUUUAUUUAAUAAAUAGCUACAAAUUAGUUAUAUCUUAUAUAUGUGUGAAAAGUACAUAAAAGUACUUAUUUAUAUUUUAUUUGUAUGUAUAAAUGCACACCAAUACGCCGUUUAAUCAUAUACAUCAUUACAUAUUUCUACUAACUGUAAUAACUAAGUAGUAUAUGCACAUGCAGUCUACGCGUACUGCCUAUAAACUGCAGUUACAGCAUAAUUGGUCAUCGGAAUAAAUAUUAUAAUUUAUAGAUAGUACACGGCGAAUAACACGCCAACACGCGGGGGCGUUUCGCAGACCGCAUCAAUGUUACAGCGGUCCGCGUCGGGACCCAUACACUCGGUCCAUUCUCUUUGUAUGCGCGCGAGUUCAAGAUGAUCUAAUAAUCACCUUGACAUUUGGCGUCAAGUGCACUUCUUGCUUUUUCAUUUCCCCAGUAGGUAGGUACAUAGAUUUUAUAUACCCACCAAACGUAUAAUUUUCUGCGAGCCCGACGCUUCCGACGCCCAGACAUGGAUUUAUUAAAACAAAACCGUUUGCACCGACACCGCUCCGAUAUAGUUCUGAAUUGGCAGCCGACGAUCGAUGAAGACAUAAAUUAACUUUCGCGAGAAAAUGAAGAUCGUCCUACAGCUUAUUUUAUCGUUUGCCAUACUAUGGACAAAAACACUUUCUCAAAAUUACUACGUCCCAAUUGAAGAAAACGAGUUAGCUUAUGAAUUUCAUUACAAUAUUAAUGACUUACUCUCAGGUGUUGUAACACAUCGAUGGGAAUCGAAGUAUGGCGAUUACGUAAGAGGGUCGUAUAGUUUUCUAGAGCCUAAUGGUAUGAUCAGAAAUGUGAACUAUGAAGUCGACGGAAAGCGUGGUUACAGAGCAGUAACAAAAUUUUUGAAACCACCACAAAUGCCUAAAUUCAAUACAUUACAACCUUCCGAAGUACCAACUAAGUAAAUAUCCACUAUUGUAUAUUCUCUACUCUUAUAACUAUAAGUUAUAUAACGUUGGUAGGCGCCUAGAUUUAAUUUUAUGUUUUUCAAUAUAAAAUAAAUUUUACGUUUUUUUUUGUUUUGAAUUAGGAAAAUUAUUUGCAUAAUAUGUUAGAUAAUAAUUAAUAAUAAACUAUAUGAUAUAAAUAUAA